AUGUUGUUGGAAUUUCAGGAGCUACUUCUAGCUUCGUUCCAAUCUAUCUCACAAGUAAUGAUAGUUGUCUUCCUCGGCUGGAUACUAUCUCGUCAGGGAUAUAUCACAGAUAAAAAGCAAAAGUGGCUUGCUCGCUUGAACAUGAACUUCUUUACACCAUGCCUUCUGUUCACUAGAAUGGCGCCGUCUGUAAACCCGGCAAAGGUAUUGGAACUAUGGAUAAUACCAGUACUGUAUUUGAGUUUUGCCAUCAUAUCAUAUGGAGUAGCUGUUGCCUUUGCAAAGGUGGCGGGGCUCCGCAGGAUGGAGAGAAACUUCCUGGUUGCCAGCACCAUUUUCAGCAACACAAACUCGAUGCCAAUCGCUGUCAUAACAGGAAUCGUCUCUAGUCAAGCCGUUCAAUAUCUAUACUUAGACGGAGCAGAUACCAAAGAAAAUGUGAUGGCUAGGAGCGUAUCUUACAUCGUUCUGUUCGGUCUUUUCAGUAACAUUCUUCGAUGGUCAUACGGAUAUUCGCUUUUAAGAGGAGAAGAAAUUCCUUAUAGUGUCGACAAGUCUAGUUCAAUAAAUCAGCAGCUCACCAAGGACGAUGUCGCGAUAACACUCGGCAAUACUGAUACACUUGCCACAGAAGCGAAUUUUACAAAGCCAACAGAAGCGACAUAUUUGCUUGGUACUAAACAGGCGCAUCAUGCGAAAAUAAAAUGGUCCAGUCAACUUCGUCAGAUGGGAGCAAAAAUUGCAAAUAGUAUGACAAGGCCGUUAUCAGCAGCUCUAUUAGCCUUGGUUGUGGGAUUCAUCCCAUCACUUCAACAGCUUCUAUUUGCGAAAGAUUCCUUUGUAUAUGGUUCGAUCAUCGUAGGUCUUGAGAACUGCGGCUCUGCAUCAGUUCCCCUUGUGCUGGUUUGUCUAGGAGCUCAGCUUUCUACGAUGUCAUUUGUACAGAAUGAAUACGAAUCCAAAAACGUAGUUACUUUGGCAGUCAUUGCUAGAAUGGUUUUCAGUCCACUGAUAUCUAUAACACUCGUAACCGCGAUACAUUACUACUGCCAAGAUUAUAUUGGAAUUGCUGCAGAUCCAGCCUUUUAUGUGGUUCUUGGUUUAUUAUCAGCGAUGCCAACAGCUAUUAGCUUGACCCAGAUCGCACAAGGUGGCCAUUGUGAAAAUUUACUGGUUCGGACCCUAUUUUGGGGUUACGGAAUCCUUUGCCUUCCAUUUUGCAUGUUGAUUUUACUGGUACUGUUGACAGUUCUGGACUUGAUUCGAUAG